AUGUUGGAGACUUCUUUGGAGAAGGCCCUGACCACUAUGGUCACCACUUUCCAUAAAUAUUCGGGGAGAGAGGGCAGCAAACUGACUCUGAGUAGGAAGGAGCUGAAGGAGCUGAUCAAGAAAGACCUGUGUCUUGGUGAGAUGAAGGAGAGCAGCAUCGAUGACCUGAUGAAGAGCUUGGACAAGCACAGCGACCAGGAGAUCGACUUCAAGGAAUACUCGGUGUUCCUGACCACGCUGUGCGUGGCCUACAACGACUUCUUCCUGGAGGACAACCAAUGA